CAUAAAGAAAAUACAUUUUAAAGUUAACCAUUAACAUCAUACGACUUUAACCCUGAACGACGGCGGAAGAGAACAUCUCCUCAGUGAUACAAAGUUCUCAUUCAAACACGCUAGAGACAACAGAGUGGUGAAAAUGAGUGACAUAGAAGAUGAUAGCGAAAUAUACUUUUCAGUUAAAUUUUUGGGUCGUAUCCAGGUGGUCCGUCCGAGUGGGAUGCAGAUUCUGACAGAUGCAGUAGAAGCCCUACAGGAUCCAAACAUAGUGAUGGAAGAGAAAAUGAAGAAAACUAAAGUACACCUGUUUCUGACGAGAAGUGCUAUUGACAUUCUAGAGCACAAAACUAAGUUCAUGCUGUACUCCUGCUCUCUGUCCUCGGUUUCAUUCUGUGCAGUACAUCCGACUCAGCCUAAAACACUAGGAUUUGUGGCCAGACACCCAGCAGCGGACAUGUACCACUGCUACAUCUUCCAGAGCAAGAAGUUUUCCCAUAUACUGGUUUCCAUCAUUGGUGACGCGUUUCGGGCUUCUAAGCAGGAUGGAGGUCUACACGGUCAUCGUGACCUGGUGGUGGAGGCCCUGAGACACAAGAAUAAGGUACUGGAGCGAGAAAACGCCGAGCUGAGGAGGAGACUGCAAGCCAGUGGAGAAAUAUUUACCUUACAGAACGCUGGUGAAAGCCGCAAUACUGAUGAAGACGAGUCUGAUGUUGAUAGAAUUUCAUCUCGAUCAGGACAGGUGAGAUUCUUUUCUGAAGAUGACAAGACUCCUUUGCAGAAGAAUUUCUAAGUGGAGAAAACUGUUUAAGAAACGAUGCUGACUCCUGAAAUACCACCAACGUCUCUGCAGAUGUGAUUAACACUGAGCUCCUUCAAAGACUUCAACAUAAACUAUUAUUUCUAAGAACAUCAAGACAAUAUGAUUAUUCAAAAAAGGUGAUAUUAUCUGUAAACAAACAUGCAUGUGUUUGUUGGUAUGAGGCAGUUGUUUCUAACUCAAGGAUAUUACUUUCUAUCCUGCUGACAGUCGCCUGGGCUAUCAUAUGUAACCUCAUACGUAAUUAUUUUAAUGUAUAUACAUAUUUUGCUAUGACAAUUCCAUUGCAAAACCAUUAAAAUCAUCAAUACUAAUGCAGGCUACAGAGACUAAUAUUUGUACAUUAAAGUAACUACUUUUUUUAAUGUGGGAAGAACAAAAACAUUUAGCUAGCUGAACAUUAGCUUUUUAACAUUAGAUAAAGUAGAAACUAACUAUUGUUUAAUGCAUAUUUUUCCACCCAAAUUGGUAAAAGAGACGGGAGAAAUAUAUAGUUUAUUGUUAUGUUAAUAGAGUUAAUAUUUUAACAGUGAACCUCUUGUCACCUGACCUGAAUAGAGUAUGUGUUAGUACAAUUGUCUUCGACGUGGGAAGCAGUUUAAUCAUCUGACUGCGGAGAACAAAUAAUAGUUUAUUUUUCAUAUCCUUCUUCCUGUUAAUCUUGUAAAGCUGGCAAAAUAUGGCCACGAGAUCCCUCUAUCGGUGAAGUAAGGUAGCUAGAUGAUAGAAAAGAAUCAGUAACCAAGCUGAACGUGCGUCUUUGUGCUUUUUGAAUCACCAAAUCGUUUGAAUCGAGUCAUUUAUUCGCAACGACUCAGAUCGAUUCAAACUCAGAUGAUUCAGACCGGUUGAUCAGUUAAGAAUCGAUUCAGAAGAGCAUUUUUUCCUCAUUUGGAAGCCACUCUGACCGCCUGAGAUUAUGUAUUUUCAUGACUGAAAUUUCUAAAACAUGACCCCACUACUUCAACAAACUAGCCUUUACUGAAAAGCUGAUGAAACUGUUCAAAUGAUUCAAAACACCACACGCUGGUGAGGCCUGCUGCCCAAAAAAAGUUCAAUAAAAAAGGUUCUUGCACACAGUGUACACUUUCUGUGUGUCUGUAUGCUAAAUGAAAAAAUGGUAUAAUAAU